AUGGCAACAACGACAAGCAACAGCACAAGCAUGGAAAGCUCAAGUAUAUUUUCAAUUAAGAAUGAAAAUCAAAAACUGACUUUAGCUAUAGUAGAAAAACCAAAUGAUGUUUAUUAUUCAAAAUUAAAUGCUAUAUUAAAAGAAAAAGGCAAACCACCAGAAGAAGAUCGUCGUGAAGUGCCAAUGCCGAUAUUACGUCAAUGUAUGGAAGAAUUAAUACGUGAAACACUAGCAGAUCUUUUAUCACGGUUAGCUUUUUCCUAUUCAUUUUUAAUUAGCAGUUUAUUUUGGUUUUGUAUAUUUAGUGAACUCUGGUGUAGUUGUCCAAGUGUUGGAUUAUGCUAUAAAAAUGUUCAAAAAUAUAGUCGUUCAUUAGCUAUAAUUCAUAUUGAUUACAAUAUUUGUUUUGAAAAAGGUAAAAAAUUACGUGUAUCAGAAAAAGUUCCAUAUCGUUUAACACAAAAUUUACAAAAUGCACUUGGUAUUGCUGGACUUGAAGAAAUUUUACUUAAUUUACUUGAAUCAUUUAUUUAUGAUCCAUUAAUUGAUUGGACUGGCCAUCAUACAGGUGUACUUGCUGCAUUUUAUGGAGGUCAAAGUAGUUUAUUUGAUCAAGUAACAAUGAAAAAAUAUCAAGUUGAAAAAGAUUCUUUAUUUCGAAUUGAAUCAAUUAAUCGUACAAUGAAUAAAUUCAUACAACGUGUUAAUGAUACAAAUGAAUUAGAUUAUUUUAAAACAGUAUUAGAAAAUUCAUCAGCAAAUUAUGCAUUAUUUUCAUUACUUGAUAGGUAA